AUGUCUAGAAACGCGUCGACAAUCAACGUCAAGGUGGUUGCUGCCGAAUCCUUGUACAAGAGAGAUGUAUUUAGGCAACCGGACCCGUUUGCUGUCAUCACAGUGGACGGGUCGCAGACAAAGACCACCAAAACAGCAAGAAAGACUUUGAACCCUUACUGGAACGAGACGUUUAACUUCCAGGCCCUGGACGACUCGAUCUUGGUCAUCCAGGUGUUUGACCAGAAGAAAUUCAAAAAGAAGGACCAGGGCUUCUUGGGCGUGGUCAACAUUAGAAUCGGCGACGUUAUCAAUUUUGGCUUGAACAGUUCGGAGGAAACUAUUACGAGAGACUUGAAGAAGCUGAUGGAAAACGUAGCCAUUAGCGGGAAAUUGAUUGUUGUGAUUUCCCACAACAGAGGAGGAACUUUGGGUGGACGACCUGCGGCUUCUAGUAGCUCGAAUGGACAUAGAACUACUCCUUCAACAGCCACGAAUGGUUCAGCCAGCGGCGGCGCUCCUAUUGGUGCUGCACCUGUUGCUGCUGCUGCUUCACCAGUGCCGGGGCCGGCACUCAAUAAUGGCCCCGCCGCCAUCGCAACUGGUGCCACAUCAACAUCCCGAGCACCUCAGCCCAAUCCAUCAGCUGCUGCUGUUGCUGCUGCUCAUAGACAAUAUUCAUCCUUUGAAGACCAAUAUGGAAGAUUACCACCCGGGUGGGAAAGAAGAACCGAUAAUUUCGGCAGAACCUACUACGUUGACCACAAUUCUAGAACUACAACUUGGCAAAGACCCACUUUGGACCAAAGUGAAAGCGAACGAGGCCAGCAAAGGCAAGAUGAAACCGAUGCAGAAAGAAGACAGCAUCGUGGAAGAACUCUACCAGGUGAAUCGUCGACCCCGCAACCUCUGGGUAAUUCUGUCACGAGCGGCAAUGUCACCGUCAAUGCCACCGGAGGCAACACCCCCGUGAAUCCUGCCGCAGCUGUGUCAAUGGCGGCACUGGGUGCGACAACUUCGGGCUUGGGAGAAUUGCCCUCGGGAUGGGAACAACGUUUCACCAAUGAAGGUAGACCCUAUUUUGUCGACCACAACACGAGAACCACCACCUGGGUCGAUCCAAGAAGGCAGCAGUAUAUAAGAACUUUUGGUCCCAACACCACCAUCCAGCAGCAACCUGUGAGUCAAUUGGGUCCGUUACCUUCCGGUUGGGAGAUGAGAUUGACCAACACCGCGCGUGUUUAUUUCGUUGACCACAAUACAAAGACCACCACAUGGGAUGACCCCAGAUUGCCCUCGUCGCUAGACCAAAAUGUGCCACAAUACAAGCGUGAUUUCAGAAGAAAAGUGAUUUACUUCCGGUCGCAGCCUGCGUUGAGAAUCUUGCCGGGCCAAUGCCACAUCAAGGUUAGAAGAGACCACAUUUUCGAAGAUAGUUACCAGGAGAUUAUGAGACAGACGCCGGAGGACUUGAAAAAGAGGUUGAUGAUCAAGUUUGACGGUGAAGAAGGUUUGGACUAUGGUGGAGUCUCUCGAGAGUUUUUCUUCCUCUUGUCCCACGACAUGUUCAAUCCGUUCUAUUGUCUAUUCGAAUACAGCUCCCACGAUAACUACACCUUGCAGAUAAAUUCAAACUCAAGCAUCAACCCAGAACACUUGAACUAUUUCAAAUUCAUUGGAAGAGUCGUGGGAUUAGGCGUGUUCCACAGAAGAUUCUUGGACGCCUUCUUUGUCGGUGCCUUGUACAAGAUGAUGCUACAUAAAAAAGUGGUGCUUCAAGAUAUGGAAGGGGUAGAUGCCGAGUUUUACCGGUCGUUGAAAUGGAUCUUGGACAACGACAUCACCGAUGUCUUGGACCUCACGUUUAGCGCAGAAGAAGAAAGCUUUGGCGAAAGGGUAGAGGUUGACCUUAAACAAAAUGGAAGAGACAUUGAAGUCACGGAGGAAAACAAGCACGAGUAUGUGGAGCUCAUAACGGAGUGGAGGAUAAGCAAGCGUGUCCAGGAACAAUUCAAGGCGUUUAUCGAUGGAUUCAACGAGUUGAUACCGCAGGAACUCGUCAAUGUGUUUGAUGAAAGAGAAUUGGAGCUUCUCAUCGGUGGUCUUGCCGAGAUUGACUGCACCGACUGGAAAAAGCACACAGACUAUAGAGGCUAUCAAGAAUCCGACCAGGUUAUCCAAUGGUUUUGGAAAUGUAUCAACGAGUGGGACUCGGAGCAAAAAGCCAGACUCUUGCAAUUCACUACGGGUACCUCGCGUAUCCCCGUUAACGGGUUCAAAGACUUGCAGGGCAGUGACGGGCCAAGAAGGUUCACUAUUGAAAAGGCGGGCGAGCCAAACCAAUUGCCAAAGAGUCACACCUGUUUCAAUAGAGUCGAUUUGCCCCCCUACACCGAUUAUGAAAGUUUGAAACAAAAGUUGAGUUUGGCCGUUGAGGAAACCGUUGGAUUCGGUCAAGAAUAG